AUGGAAGCAUUGCAAUAUAAAUUGAGUCAAACAAUCGCAGCCCACAAUGGUAUAGUGAGAUCCAUCUCCACCUAAGGCAAUGAAUUAAUAACAUGCUCAAGUGACAAGACAGCAAAGUUGUACGAAAUGAAGGAUAAUUCCUAUCAAUAAGUGACUUUGAUAUCAUUCUUUGAAAAAUACAUUUAUGCCACAUGCGCUAGAGUCAAUGGAGGAUAUGCAGUUGGACACGAUAACCAAAUCUAUUUGCUAGAUAACGAAGGCAACCCAUUAGGUAUUUUGGAAGGACAUGAAUAAUAAGUGUGUUCUUUGAAGAGCAUCACAGAAAAUUUACUGAUCUCAGGAUCAUGGGAUGCAACUGCCAUCAUAUGGGAUAUUAGUUAAAUGAAACAACUCUUUAGAUUAAGUGGACAUAAACAUGGUGUGGCAGUAUACGGGGAUGAAAAUUUAAAUUUUAUAACUGGAUCCUAAGAUGGAAUUCUACAUUCUUGGUCUAAGGAAACCAAAGUCAAGAGUGUAUAGGCUCAUAAAGAUAUCAUUAGAGAAAUUUUACCAUCUCCCUUAGGUGGUUAUUUAACUUGCUCCAAUGAUGAGUCAAUUAAGCUCUGGUCCAAAGAUCUUGAAUUGAUUCAGACCUUUUUAGGACACAAAAGCUUCGUUUUUACAAUGAAAGUUCUCUUGGACCAAGUAAUUAGUGGAGGUGAUGAUAGAAUGGUAAUUAUCUGGAAUUUAGAUGGCACUCCAAAAUAAACUAUUUAAUUGCCAGAUACUGUGUGGACUGUAGCUCUAAAUAAUUACAAUGACAUUUUGAUUGGGACAAGUGAUGGGAAGGUCAGAGUGUUUACAACUGAUCCAACUAGAUUGGCUACUUAGGCUGAAAUAGAAGGGUUAGAGUAGGAAGCUUCUUUAUCCAAUGCCAAACAAGAGGGAGGGAUGUCUGAAGAAGAAAUAUAGAAAUUGCCAGGAGUAGAUAAGCUGGCUACGAUGGUAGGAAAGAAAGAGGGGGAAAUUAGAUUGUUUAGAAAUGGAAAUAAACCUGAGGCUUACAUGUGGAGUGCUGCUACUAGGAAUUGGUAAUUGAUUGGAGAUGUGAUUGGUGGCAAAGGGGCAAGCUCAAGGAAGUUCUUUUAAGGAGAUAAAUACUUUGAGGCUGGAGAGUAUGAUCAUGUCUUUGAUGUAGAAGAUGAUAAUGGAAUCACCAAACUCUUACCCUACAAUGAAGGGGAAAGCUUUUAUGACACAGCCGAGAAGUUUUGUUUAAGGGAAGGAUACUCCAAACAUUACCUUUAGUAAAUAGUUAACUUCUUGAAAAAGAAUACAUCCUUUGGGUAAUCACAAAGAUAAAAAAAGUCAGAGUUAGAAACUAUGAAAGAAUAAUAUGCUUAGCAAUAAAUAUUACAGUAACAAUAGGCCAAAAAAUAAAUUGAUUUUCAAUAUAUCCCUUACACUCAAUGCACCUAUUAUGAAAACAUGAAUUUACAAGGCUUGAGUAAGAAACUAUUUGAGUUCAAUGCUUAAGUGUCUGAAGAGAUUAGACUAACAGAGAAGGAAUGUCUGAUAUUUAAUAAAGGCAUUGAAAGCCUAGGACAAGUGGGAGUUUAAAAGGCUGUCAAUAUUGAAAAUUCUGUUAGUAUCAUCUUCCUUUAGAAAUUAUUAAAAUGGGAUGCCCAAUACUUAUUGCCAGUUUAUGAUUUCUUCAGAAUAUUCAGUGUUCAUCAUAGUAGCGAAUAGCUUUUCGCAGGUCUGGAAAAAGGAAUGAAUCUAUUCCUGAAUAUUUUCACAAUUGUCAAUACUCAACCUAUUAAUAUUGUUCUUGUAAGAUUGGCCUUGUAAACAUUAUGUAAUUGCUUGAAACAUAAUACUAAUUCUUGUGCAAUCCUAUAUCAUUUAAGAAUAGUUAAAGACAUUAUUCUGUGUCUUCUAGAUACAGAUGAAAAGACUGUUCAAUUGCUAGGUAAUCUGAUUCUCAAUUUAUCAAUUGGGAUUUAUUAACGAAAUGGAUUAAAUGACUUAGCCAGUGAGAUGUUAUCUGAGACUGUAGUCACUUUUCUGUAAUAUCAACAAAGAGAUGUUGAAACAGUUGCCAAAUUAGUUACUGCUCUAGGAAAUUUAAUGAGAUCUCCUGCUAAGUAGAUUAGAGAAUAGUGUAAGAAAAUAAGUUAGGGAUUUGUUUAAUCCUUGGUCAUAGAUACAAACAAUUAAGACACACUUAAAUGCUUGGAAGAAGUUAAAUUGAGUAUGUAAAUUUGA